UAUAUGUUCCCAUGUGACAACAGAAGGUCAGACAUGGCUGCCUGCACCAGUAGGUUAGACAAAUUUAUACUUUCCAUGAGGUUGUUACGGAACCAGCAGCUGCAAAAUGAACGGUUUCUGUCCACGUCUGUGUGUCGUCCUGCUCCGGAGAACGACAGCGAUCCUCCCAAAUUCACGCCUCCACCCAAACCCGUCAUCAUAGAUAAAUCAAAAGCUAUAAUUUUGAGAAAGUUUCUGAGUCCGGAGUUCAUCCCACCACGACAGAGAACAGACCCUUUCAAGUUUUACCUGGAGAGGAAAGACAUGAUCCUCAGAAGGAAAGUGCUCAAAAUCCCGGAAUUCUACGUAGGGAGUAUCCUGGCGGUGAACAUGGCCGAUCCUAAUGCCAGUGGAAAAACAAACCGUUUUGUCGGCAUCUGUAUCCAGAGGGGUGGAAAGGGGCUAGGAGCCACAUUUAUCCUGAGGAACGUCAUCAAUAAUCAAGGUGUGGAGAUGUGCUAUGAGCUGUAUAGUCCUCUCAUUCAAAGCGUUGAGGUGCUCAAGCUGGAAAAAAGGCUGGACGACAACCUAAUGUAUCUGAGAGAUGCUAUGCCAGAGUACAGCACUGUGGACCCGAAUAUGAAGCCUGAGACUUUUUCCACGAGUGGAGAGGUGCCUGUCAACAAGAUUAAAGUAAGGAUGCGCCCCAAGCCCUGGUUGAAACGCUGGGAACGGCCCAAGUUCAACAUCCAGGGCAUCCGCUUCGACCUGCGCCUGACCCCGCAGCAGAUGGAGGGCGCCCAGAAGAGGGCAGAACCUUGGCGGGAGUACGACAUGUUGAAGGAGUACGACACGUCCGUGCUGGAGGAGCAGAUCUUCGGUGAGGUCCAGAGCGAGAUGAGCAAAUGAGGAAGAGGCUCCUUUUCAAAGUCAAGUUUCUUCGUAAGAAUGGGAAAAGACUGUAUCAUGAGUUUCUCAUGGAUGUGGCAGACUGCUGGAAGUUUACUCACUUCAGAAUCAGCCACACACACACGUGUAUAUAAGGAGGAGCCAUCAUGGGAACUAAGGCUGGACAAGUAAUCACCAAAUCAUUGAAAGUGAAAUAUCCGAAUUAUACUAAAAAACAACAUGAUGAUGACAUAGUGCAGUGCUGCAGGAAUUCAAUGGUCCAAAACUCUUAAAAUGAGGAAAUGACAGUUAAGAUGCAUAAAUGAACACUUUCAUAUGUGAUGGGGGCAUUGUUAUGACAGCAGUUAUUUAGCAGAUAUUAAGUGGUUUCAUUAACAAAAUAAAUUUAAAAAAUAA